CCAGAGCAGCAUCGCGCCCGCGGGCCGCGCAGGUGAGCCCGGCCAGGUGAGUCCCACCCACCCACGGGGCGCUCCUUGGGCCGGCCCCUCCACCAGGCCGGCCCCUCUACUCAGAUUUGGCAUCCUACACUGAAGUCAUCAUGGGUGUUUUUCAAACCUUGAUGAAGAAGAAAGAGCUCAUCCCUCUGGCGGUGAUCAUGACCGUGGCGGCCAGUGGAGCCUUGUCCUUCGCCCUGUACUCCUUUCGGAAGACUGACGUGAUUGUUGAUCGAAGAAGGAACCCAGAGCCUUGGGAAACUGUGGACCCUCAUGUACCUCAAAAGCUCAUAACCAUCAACCAACAGUGGAAGCCAAUUGAAGAGUUGCAGACGGUCCGGAGUGCAACCAAAUGACGCGUCUUCACCGCCUCUUGUCCCAAGUGCUCUAUGAAUCUAGCGGAAACACUUCCGGACAGGCUUGGGUCUGGACACCAGUGUGCGGAAGUGCUUCUGCUAAGUUUUUAGGGUGUCUGCUUCCUUUGGACUCUGGAGAAGGAGUUAAAGGUGGUGUGGUGAGAACCACGCGGUCCCACAGUAAGUUUCUGUUUAUUGCUGUUGGUUUGCGUUUUGUACAUUUAAAGUUUUAUGCUUAGGAUGCCUGAAUGUUUUCCUUGAAAUUCAUGUCAAGAUUUGUAAGUGAGAUUUUUGUCUCUAAUAAAAUGCUCUUUGUGCAAGA